AUGGCUGCCCAAACAGCUACCAAGACCAGAACUCAUGAUGAAUACACUGUGGGAUGGGUCUGCGCUCUAUCCAAAGAGCAGACCGCGGCGACGGCUAUGCUCGACGAUAGACAUGUCUGUCUUCCGAAGCCGCCAAAUGACCCAAAUGCAUACACCUUGGGGUCGAUCGGCAAACAUAACAUCGUUAUAGCCUGCCUGCCGGAAGGUGAGAUCGGUGCUAACUUAGCAGCGACUAUCGCGACCUGGAUGAUCUCCACUUUUCCAUCUAUCAAGUUCGGCUUAAUGGUUGGUAUCGGCGGAGGUAUUCCCCCUAAGGUUCGACUUGGCGAUGUAGUGGUCAGCACACCUACAGACCAGUAUGGUGGGGUAGUUCAAUGGGACUUCGGCAAGGCGGAGGAAGGCGGCAAAUUCAAGGAGAUCGGAUCGUUGAACAACCCACCUACCCCACUCCGCACAGCUUUAACGAAACUAAAGACAGAAAAUGAGUUGAGCGGGUCCAAGAUACCAGAGUAUCUAGACGAACUGAAACAGAAAUGGCCGAGACUGGUGCCAAAAUACCUUUGGUCUGAGUCACGGAUAGACCCUCUGUCUAAAUCACACACUUCUCACAACGGUCGCGGUUCCCAGAACCCUAGCAACCCUUUAGAAUGUAAAGCCGAACAGAUAGAUGGGACAGCUACAGACGCCAAGUUUCGUGAUAACCUUGACCAGCGUUAUGACGGGAAGGUAUUGUGCGUCGAAAUGGAAGCGGCAGGACUGAUGAAUAAUUUCCCAUGCAUCGUCAUCCGGGGCAUUUGCGACUAUGCCGACUCGCAAAAGGACAAAGAUUGGCAGGAACAUGCUGCGGCGGUAGCUGCAGCGUUUGCAAAGGAGCUGCUUCAAUAUGUUCAGCCAAGCGACGUUAACGGAGAGCGCCCAGUGAGAGACAUAAUUAAAGAAUCCAAUAGAAUACCUCUAAUAAUAAAUAUAGUUCGUAAUGAUGUUACACACAUUAGGUCCAAGCUGGAUGGAAAGGAUGAUAUUGAAAUCCUCGGUUGGCUCACACGAACCGACUACGGCCCGCAGCAAAGCGAUAACUUUAACAGACGGCAACCAGAAACCGGAAUUUGGUUCCUUAAGUCAAGAGAGUUCCAGGAUUGGCUGACUACAAGCAGUCAGACACUGUUCUGUCCAGGCAUCCCUGGGGCAGGAAAGACUAUCCUAACGUCAAUUGUGGUUGAUUACCUUUACUCAAAGUUCUAUAACGACUCGAAGACCGGCAUCGCCUACAUCUACUGCAACUUCAAAAAGCAGGAAGAGCAGAAGAUUUACGACUUAUUAGCAAGCGUGUUGAAACAGCUAGCUGAGAGCCAGUCUUGGCUACCUGAGAGCAUUAAAAAACUUUAUAAUCGCCAUAAAGCUAAACGAACACGGCCUUCCCUUGAUGAAAUCUUGACAGUUCUUCAGUCUGUGACGAUAAUAUAUUCGAGAAUCUUCAUCAUCGUUGACGCUCUUGACGAAUGCCAAGCAUCCAGUGGCUGCCGGGCGAGGUUGAUCUCAGAACUUUCCAACCUUCAAAUGAGGAAUGGAGUAAAUAUCUUUGCGACGUCGAGGAUUAUCCCGGAGAUUAGGGAAAAAUUCAAGGGAAGCAAAGAGGUUGAGAUCCGUGCUUAUGAUGAGGAUGUGCGAAGAUAUUUGGAUAGCCAGAUAGUACAGCUGGGUUCGAAAUUCUUAGAAACACACUGCGAAGAGAUUAAAACAGAGAUCACAAGGGUGGUUGAGGGAAUGUUCCUCCUCGCGCAGCUUCAUUUCGAAACUAUCAGAACUAAAAAAACGCUAAAAAAAAUCAAAAAUACAUUGGCGAACCUCCCCACCGGAGAGAAAGCAUACGAUUGUGCUUACGAAGAGGCUGUACAGAGGAUCGAGGGUCACGAUUCAGACUCCAAGGAGCUAGCAUGGCUGGUUCUACAGUGGAUUACUUGCGCAAAGAGACCACUUACUACAAAGGAGCUUCAACAUGCACUUGCGGUGGAAAUAAAUAACACUGAAUUAGAUGAAGAGAAUCUAGUCCAGAUUGAAGAGAUGGUCUCGGUAUGUGCUGGACUAGUCACUAUCGACGAAGAAAGCAAGAUCAUACGGCUAGUCCACUAUACAACUCAGGAAUACUUCGAGCGGACGCAGAAACGUUGGUUUCCAACUGCACAGACUGAGAUUGCCACAGUUUGCGUUGCCUACCUCUCAUUUAGCGCUUUUGAGACUGGGUUCUGUGAAACAGACCAGAAAUUUGAGGAGCGAUUACAAUCAUUUCCGUUCUACGGUUAUGCUGCAUGCAACUGGGGACACCAUGCUCCUAAGGAUGAAGCGAGUCAAGAAGUCAUCAGGUUUCUCGAGAGUAAAGCUAAGGUCGAGGCAUCGAGUCAAGCGCUGAUGGCCACUAAGGGACACUCAUUGGAUGUAAAUUACAGUCAAACAAUUCCAAAGAAAAUGACCGGACUACACUUGGCGGGAUUCUUUGGGGUGAACAAGGCCACAGAUAUACUCCUUGAACUUGGACACAGCCCAAAUGUGGAAGAUAGUUGGAAACGAGAGCCUCUGUGGUAUGCUGCCCAGAACGGACAUGAGGCCAUCAUUGUUGAGAAGCUGCUGGCAGCAGGAGCCGAUGUUAAUGCUGCUGCUGCUGGCUUUUAUGGACGGACUGCACUCCAAGCAGCAGCUUGGAACGGCCAUCAAGAGAUUGUUGAGAAGCUGCUAGCAGCAGGAGCCGAUAUUAAUGCUGCUAGCUAUUAUGGAUGGACUGCACUCCAAGCAGCAGCUGAGAAGGGCCACCAAGAGAUUAUUAAGAAGCUGCUAGCAGCAGGAGCCGAUAUUAAUGCUGCUGCUGGUGCUGGCGAUUCUGGACAGACUGCACUCCAAGCAGCAGCUGGGAAUGGCCAUCAAGAGAUUGUUGAGAAGCUGUUAGCAGCAGGAGCCGAUGUUAAUGCUGCUGACGGUGAUAGACAGACUGCACUCCAAGCAGCAGCUGGGAAGGGCCAUCAAGAGAUUGUUGAGAAGCUGCUAGCAGCAGGAGCCGAUAUUAACGCUGCUGCUGCUGGCCGUCAUGGACGAACUGCACUCCAAGCAGCAGCUGAGAAGGGCCAUCAAGAGAUUGUUGAGAAGCUGCUAGCAGCAGGAGCCGAUAUUAAUGCUGCUGCUGCUGGCCGUCAUGGACGGACUGCACUCCAAGCAGCAGCUGAGAAGGGCCAUCAAGAGAUUGUUGAGAAGCUGCUAGCAGCAGGGGCCGAUGUUAAUGCUGCUGCUGCUGCUGGAUAUAAUGGACGGACUGCACUCCAAGCAGCAGCUUGGAACGGCCAUCAAGAGAUUGUUGAGAAGCUGCUAGCAGCAGGAGCCCAGCAGCAACUAGAAUCCAAAUAAGAAUGGCAAUUACCAUC